GCCUAGCAACUUCUAAUUUAAAAUAAAUAAAGAAAACUUUAUGAAAGCUUUGAAAAUCGCUUAUACUAGUUAAAGAAAAAGUCGCUUCUUUUUUUUUAAAGUAUGGCAGAAAUGAAAAAAAUUAACGAAGAAAUCUCUAACGAGAAUAGCACAAAUGAGUUCCUAUUUUACGAAAAGACUUGUGAAGCGUACAAAGACGAUGACGAAGAAAUAAAAAUGAUUUUUAAUGAGAUUAAAAAGCUAUCAGAUCCAAAAAAUAAAGAUACUGAAAUUGGUGAAGAUGUUGAAGAUGUAGAGUUGAUUUUAAGAAGAGCUGAGGACAUAUCUAAUGAGACUGAGAAUUUAUUAAAAAGUAGCCCUAUUGCUACUGUCUCGAACGGCUUUUAUCCACACACUGAUCCAGGAAGUAUCCCAAAAAUUAAAGUCACAAAACCAAGUGAAAAUAUUCAGAAUGAGAAUAAAAAUACAGUUGCCAAGAGCAAUCAAAAUUUUAAACAUACCAACAAAGAGGAAACGAGACGAAAAACUAAAUCUAGACCUUUCUCCGCUGGAGUUAUAGAUUCUAAGAAAAAAGAUGAUGUGAAAGUUACAAGAUUAGCGACGAGCUCAACGAAAAAAAACCCUAAUACAAAAAACGAUACCGUUUUAGAAGAAUUGAAAGACACAAUCGAGAGGGUUAAAAGUUUAGAACUAUUGAAUGUCAAACUGAACGAGGACAACAAACAGCUUCGUAACAAACUAGAACAAGUAAACGAGGAAAAGUAUGUGGUGGAUUUAAAAAUAGCCGAAUGUGAAAGAUUCAUACAGAGACUGUCUAAGGAAUAUGAAAAUAAAAACACUGAAUUAAAAACAAUGAAACAGAAAGAAAACUGUCAUUUAGCUGAAUUAAAUAAGGCGAAGGAUGAUAGAAGACAGUUGGCGAUACAGCGCGAUAAAGACGGCAUUGUAAUACAAGAUUUGCAAAGACAAGUUAAAGAAAUGGAAAUGAUUCUGAAAAGAAAGCAUCCGGACUCGGUGUCGGCUUUGAUAGUUGCAUCAAAAUCAUCUUCCGUCGAAGACAAUAAAAAAAAGUUAUUGGAAGAAAGAAUAGCUAGGCUGGAGCAAGAAUUGAAAGAUAAAGAAAAUCAUUUUCAGAGCAUUCUAAUGACCCUCCAAGAGAAGUUUGGUGAUAUGAAGCAAAAGUACGAGAGUCACAUCAUCGAUGUUGAACGACAGCUGAUGGAUGACAGGAAGGUUAAUAACGACCUGAAAAACAAAAUCAACAGACAGAAUAUGAAGCAUGUGGCUGUCCAAACAGUUAUGAGACCGCAGACCAGUGUCUGUACGCAGACCGUGUUUAAAACGGAUAGGGCAACGUCAGCGGUUAGCCGGCUAACACAGAACUCGGCUCUCAUAUUCAAUAAGCUGAAAGAAGACAGCUAUCUGGUAGCGACUAUCAAGGGCCUGCAAGCCGAACUCACGGCGAAACAGCGGACAAUAUCCAAAAUCAACAGAGAGACAGAGGAAUUGAGAAAGAAUUUGAGAAACUUGCAUAAAGAAAAAGAAGUUUUGAUACAUCUGAAUCCACAAAAGAAGGGCUGUAAGCAGGCGAAGUCGACGGAGAAUAUACUGUCAAGAGUGAACACGGAAAUGGAAGCUGAAUUGUCUCAAAUUAAGAAGGAGAAAGAAAUAUACAAGGAGGAAAGAUCCGGUCUGCUCUCGUCGUUGAAGAGAACUAACGAGGACCUCAUACUGUUGAAGAAGAAAAGAAUUCAGGACCUUCACACGUUACAACUGGCCCAUGAGAAGGAGUUGAUGCAGAUGAACAUGCAACUGUAUCCGCUGCAAGAAGAAAUAAAACUCCUGAACAGAACAGUUGAAAUACUCCAGGACCGGGUCAGGGCAGCGGAGGACAAACUGCUCAGAUCCAACAGCGGCCAUAAUGACGUCAACGCUGGCGGUGAUAACAACAUCAAACACAUACGCUCGUAGAACUUGAAGGUAUUCGUUUAUCAAAAACGAAACCUCUCAGCGUUCCACGGAUUGUUCGAGCGGGCGCCGGGUCCAUCGCGUUGCAGGGAGAGCAGCUUCAAUAGUGCUUCAACAAUGGGUGAGACUUGUCACUCGGCUGUAGCUUUAAGGGCCCCGAUCUAACGCGCUUUAAACACUUACCUCCACCGUCCAAGCUCCUCUCUAUCUAUCAAAAUUUGUUUCGACUUUUCUAAGUGACAAUUUAAUUAUGUGAUAGUUUUAAUGUGACUCAGCCCGCGACUGUUUUUCGAUGUAGCAAGUUUUCUUCUAUUGUUCUAAGUGCACGUUUUUUUUGCUGUUUUCGGGAAUCGACCGGUGAUAACAAUUCUUGAAUGCUCGACAUUUACAUAUUUUUAAAUUGACAAAUAUGAAACUUAGCGUGCGUCGGCCUAAUAUCUUAAGUUUAAAUACAUUUCAAAUUAAUUACGGACUGAUGUUUCUAAGGAACUACCUAUUAGUAACUCUGUUCUAUUUUAUUACUUUGUGUUAACAACACGUUUUGAAAGUUGACAUUUUCUCGUUAUCCGUCGUAGCAUUCUGUUCGCAUCGCGCAGCUGUAAAUACGCGGUAUCUCUAACUCAAAUGUCUUACAAAUUCAUUUUUAUAAAACAUUGUCGAUUUAUAGCCAUAUAUUGAGAAUGUUACGUCUGUUUUUGUAUUCAAAUAAAUAAAAUUUAUAUAUAUAUUAAUUAUGUUUGCAAGGUAAGGUAUAAAUAUUUUUAAUUCUCUCGAUAAUUACUUGUUAUGUUGUACCGUCAUUUCGUUUAUAUGAGCAUUGAACCGUAAAUUUAUAAUUUUUGAAUUCAAAUCAUCAUUUAUCGAAAGUUCCUCGAACUUUUAACAAUGAAUUAUGUCCAUAUAAGGAAUUCCUAAAGGUUUGUGAACUUUGGUAAUUCAAGUAAAGUCGUUAUUAUCACGUGACAGGGAAAAAAUGCGUUUAAAAACUAUUAAGUCAUUACCGAAUCGACAUUCGUUAAGAGUGACAAAUAAAUUUAGUUCAUUUAUCUAAACGCCAUACGUUAUCGUGUCUUUAAGAUUAAAAUAUCGAUGAAUAUUUUUGUAGUUCAACGAACUGUGAUUGUUUAUUAAAUAUUUUUUUUCUUAACGAAUGCUAUUACAGCAACUAUAAAAUAACAAGUGCCUGGACAGAAAAAAUAUCUAGUCAAAUUAUAAGAAGUGAUAUUUAAUUUAAGCGUACUUAGUAUUGAAUUAAAUACAUAUGUGAAUUUAAUGUUGUGCCUUAAUAAAGCUAUUUGGGCUA